GUUCAUCAGGAACGUCGUCCUCAACGGCAGCAGUAGCACAGUUCAAUAAAUACGCUAAUGAGAUAGGAGUAGAUCUGCACCAGACGCAGAUGAAAAUACAAGAGCUCGGGAAACUCGCACGAGCAAAGGGCAUCUUCAACGAUCAAUCGGCACGGAUUAAUGACUUCACGGGGGAUAUCAAGAGAGAUUUGGACGGAUUAAGUCAGAAGAUUGACUUAUUACAGCAACACGCAAAGCAGUCUGCGGAAAGUCGGCAAGCUACAGCGCAUACAAGUGGUAUUGUGAAAACGCUUCAAACGAGACUGAUGGGUAUCACCAAGGAUUUCAAAGACGUAUUGGAAUUGCGGACUAAAACGUUGCAGCAACAGGACAGGCGGCGAAAUAUGUACGCAUUCUCAUCGCCAUCAAAUCCAUUCCAGCAAAGAGGAGGUCAGUACU